UUCUUUGAUUUCACGUAUUCAGAAUCAAUGGACAUCAACAUCUCUGGUUUUGGUUUAGAAACGACUAUUCAUGUAGCAGUGAAGAAACUAGAAUAUUUUUUAGAGAUAAUUUAAAGUUUCGUCCAUCUUUCAGAAUUCAGAUUGUCAGUAGAGAACGGUACUGAUAAUGAACGUUUUCAUCUGUGGCAGAUUCAUUUAAUUUGGAAGAAAAUAUUUUAGCAACUUGAAUUCAAAUCAGGAAUACGGUGACUUAUCCUAAAGAUGUGGUUGUGAUAAGUGAUGCAUUCUCGGUUUUUUGCUGAGUGUGGAAUUUCUGUCUGUACUGUGUCAAAAAUUUUAAAUUUUAUUUCAUGUGAUGAGGAAUUAUAAGUUUAUUCAUCAUGACAGAGACCUUUCAGGUUCUGAAUUUGGUUAGGAAAUUACGUCUAAAAUGUACGAAAUGUAAACGAAUCUUGUCAAGUCGUUUUCACUCCUGAUCCUGUGGACUUGGGGAGACAUAAGAACGAAAUUUGGGGGUGAUGGAUGUAUUGAGUCUGGAGCAAGAGGUGGGUGCUUGGGACUCUGUGCUUCUCGACCCUCUGACCGAAGACUCUUUCAUCGCUAACCUCCAUCAACGAUUCAAGAGAGACCACAUCUAUACAUACAUUGGGAACGUACUGGUAUCGGUGAACCCAUAUAAGAAGCUUGCCAUCUACUCAGCUGAGCUAGCCAGAGUUUAUCGCACAAGGGGACCUUUCCAACUUCCUCCACAUAUCUACGCGGUGGCCGGUUCGGCAUUCCGUUGGCUGCGCGACCGCAACGAGGACCAGUGUGUGGUGGUGUCGGGUGAGAGUGGCUCUGGCAAGACAGAGGCCGCCAAGAUGGUGCUCCACUUUGUCUCCUCCUCCUCCCCUCUCUCCUCCAAGGAUGUCGCCGUCAUCAAGGAGCGGCUGGUGCAGAGUGGGCCGCUGCUUGAAGCUUUUGGAAACGCCAAAACAUAUCGGAAUGAUAACUCAUCAAGAUUUGGUAAAUACUUUGAUAUAGAAUUUGAUCAUAAAGGUGAUCCUGUCGGAGGAACAAUCACAAACUACCUCUUGGAAAAGUCGAGAGUUACAACACAAGCUCAAGGAGAGAGAAACUUCCACAUAUUCUAUCAGUUAUUGAUUGGGGCUGAUAUCCAGUUGCUCAAAUCGUUGAAACUUCAGCGGAACAUUGAUAACUAUGCCUUCCUGAGAUCUAGCAGAUCUCUACAUUUAGAGAAUAUAGACGAUAAACGAGAUUUCGUCACUACAAGAAAAGCAAUGGAGCUUCUAGGAUUCACACAAGAAGAAAUUGUCAACAUUUUAAGGAUAGUCGCUUGCGUAUUGAAACUUGGUAACAUUGGGUUUGUACCCACGAACAACAUUGACGGUACCGAAGGCUGCACUAUCAGUAAUGAUUAUGAACUGUAUGAGGUUUGUCAGCUGCUGGGAACCGACAUGGAUAGGAUGAAUGCGGGUUUGACUCAGCGCUCGGUGUCCGUCCCCAGUCAGGGCACAUCCGCCUCUAGACCCGCCUCCCCUCUCGCCUUCCGACGUAACCCAGUCAUCGCCAGAGAACUGUAUGAAGUUUGCGACUUGCUUGGUACUGAGCCGAGCAGUCUGCAAACAGCAGUCACAUCGAGGUCUCUGCUGGAUGAUGGACUCGAACCUCCACUCGUCACCGAGCUGUCAGCCUCUGAAGCCACUCAGUCACGUGAUGUCCUCUGCAGAGCACUCUACAGCAGGCUUUUCACCUGGAUUGUCAAUCGUAUCAACGAAUCAAUCAAGGUGAAAAGGUAUGGCAAACGGAAAGUACUUGGCAUUUUGGACAUAUACGGCUUUGAGAUGCUUGAGAGGAAUGGUUUCGAGCAAUUUAUAAUCAACUUUUGUAACGAGAAACUACAUCAAGUGAUAACUGAAAUUACGCUCAAAGAAGAACAAGAAGAAUACGUUCGUGAAAGCAUUGACUGGUGUCCCGUGGAAUUCUUCAAUAACUCUCCUGUCUGUGAUCUAAUUGAGAAGAAUAACCAUGGAAUACUGUCAAUACUUGACGAAGAAAGUUUGAAAACAAGUGAAUCUUCUGACGAACAUUUUUUGGCGCGAAUAUCGGCGAUAGGCAGUGGACAUUGCUGCUCUACGCCUGACAGACGGAGUCGGCACUACAUUACAACACCUGGCUCCACUGACAAUAGUCUUCCUUCCAAUUGCUUCAGGUUGAGGCAUUUUGCUGGUACAGUCACGUACAAUGUAUCAGGGUUUGUUGAAAAGAACAGAGAUGUCCUCCAUAGAGAUCUCUCUUUAGCGAUGUACAAAUGUGAACAUUCUUUGCUCAAAUCUCUCUUUCCUGAAGGAAAUCCGAAAAGGCCGUGCGUUCGGAGACCUGCCACAACGGGAACACAGUUCAAGGUGGCGCUGAGUGGACUUCUGCGCAAUGUGAGUGCCAAGACGGCGCAUUAUGUGCGCUGCAUCAAGCCCAACGAACUCAAACAGCCUCGCAUCUUCGAAAUGGCUCUGGUACAGCACCAGGUCAGGUAUCUUGGGUUGUUGGAGACAGUACGGGUGCGCAGAUGCGGCUUCUGCCACCGGCUGGGCUACACGCAGUUCCUGGCCCGCUACAAGAUGCUGUCGCUGCAGACCUGGCCCUCGUGGGAGGGCGCGCCCGUCGAGGGCGUGUCCUAUCUCAUCCGCGAUCUGCCCAUCCCUAGCGGCGAGUUCGCGUUCGGUCGCACCAAACUCUUCAUCAGGAGUCCCAGAUCGGUUUAUGAAUUGGAGGAGUUCAGAAGAGAACGGCUGGAAGAUUUAGCCACUCAACUACAGAAAAUGUGGCGUGGCUAUAGGCAAAGGAAAGAUUUCCUCAGGAAAAAACGAAGUCAAAUAAUAAUAGCAGCUGCUUGGAGGAGUUGGAGGGAGUUACGUUUUGGGAUACCUUUUCAAGGACGGAGACAUUUAUGGUGUCUAUACAGAGUGGCACGAGAAGAGUAUAGGGUAUUGAAAAGGAGAAAGCAAGUAGAAUGGGCUGUUAGGGUUAUUCAAAGGCAUUUCAUCAGAUGGAAAAGAAGGCAGUUCUUGCUUAGACUAGCUCAAGAGUUACCGACAGACUGUGAUUCGCCAAUUUCGAGGGAUUGGCCCCCCUGCCACCGCCGCCUUGCUGAAACCAGCCUUCUUCUUAGACGAUUGCAUCAUAAAUGGAGAUGUCAUAAAUAUCGGCUAAGAUUUGACCAAACUGCUAGAAAUAGAAUGAGAGAAAAGGUCACUGCCAGUAUUAUUUUUAAAGAGAGGAAAGCUUCAUAUCCAAGAAGUGUUUCUCAUCCGUUCCUUGGAGAUUAUGUUAGGUUAAGGCAAAACGUUCAAUGGAAGAAGAUUUGCGUGGAAAAUAAUGACCAAUAUGUGGUAUUUGCUGAUAUUAUCAACAAAAUUACACGUUCUAGUGGAAAGUUUGUGCCAAUUUUGUUUGUACUUUCAACGAGCUCCAUGCUGAUCUUGGACCAAAGAACAUUACAAAUUAAAUAUAGAGUUCCUGCUACAGAAAUAUAUAGGCUAUCAUUAUCACCUUAUUUGGAUGAUGUUGCUGUCUUCCAUGUGAGAGCGCCUCCCUGCUCGGACAAUGCGAGCGAUCAGAGCCCCGCCGUUCCACCGGGCUGUCUGUUCCAGAGCGAGCUCAGCAAGAAGAAGGGAGACUUCGUCUUCCAGACCGGGCAUGUUAUAGAAAUUGUCACCAAACUCUUCCUGGUCGUCCAGAACGCUGUCGGCAAGCCUCCGCAAGUCAACAUUAGCACAGAUUUUGAAGCGAAUUUUGGACAGCAAAUGGUGACGAUAACAUUCAAAUGCACCGGCCUGCCAGAGGUUCAACCUGGACAAAUACGAAUACUCAGAAAAGGAACCAAGAUGGAAAUACUUGUAUGAUUGAAAGCCCCCGGACUCAUUCUAUCCAUCUAUCUUCUGGAAAGGCAAUCUGAUCCAGGGUACUACAUACUACGCUACAUCCUAAACCUGUAUUUUUUAGCAGUGGGUAGCAUAGGCUUCUCUCUCGCACAUUUCUUGCAGGGUCACUUCAGUUAUCGGAUUUCUGUCACUUCAUAUACCGGUACUCUUAAAAAUUUACACUUUUGUUUCUUGGCGGAAAUAUGUUGAAUCAUUAUUAAUGAUUGAGUUAUUAUUUAUUUGAAGAUGUGUAUGUGUGUGCAAGGUCAACAAAUUGUAAAGGGCUAUUGAUAGAACAGUCUCAAAACAAAAAGUAUAAUGUACUUUAAAACAAGAAUUUUUCGACUAAAGGCGAACACACACAAACGUAUGCUGACGGAGAAAUAAUGAAACGUCUGCAUGCAGUUGUGAGCAGACAACGGGCGUCUGUGUGCGUUAGCCUUUAACCCGAUGGAACCAUCAUGCAGACACCAGGACCUAUUGCAUGAGAAAAUACCUACAAAAUAAUAAUAUUAUUAGUGUCUUCUCCUUCUACUUCUUAUUUUUCUGUAGUCAGCUGAUUAUUAGAAUAGGAACAUACUGAAAUAUUAGCUCUAAUGUUCUCAUACAACAGCAAGAUAGAUAGAUAGAUGCAACAGGACCCUGGUAAUGAUAAAUUAUAAUUGAAAACAGAUUACUGAUUAGUAAUUUCAUCUGAGUUUUCCUCGUUAUAUUGUUUACUAUAUUCUUGGGAUUCCUAUCAUGUUGUAACAUUUUUUGAUAGGAUUUGGAUUAACACCGGUACUGUAAAAGUACAGAGUGUUCAUCCAAGUUUGAACUCUUUAAUAUUUUGUUACAUUAAUCCUGCCGUAUGAAUUAUAUUAUGUCGAAUGAAAAAGCAACUCGAACAUAUUAAUCAAUAAGAAUAUAUACGUUCAAUAAGACUAUCAUUAUUUACACAUGACAAUCAAGUCUAUAAAUAGCCGAGCUCUUUCCAAAUAUAGAUUAAUGUGUCUCCAGUGAUUCAAUCUAGCUUCUUAAUUCAGCUAGGUCAGUUGGGAGUAGAGAAAUAUACUCACAAUCCUUGAUGAAGCCACGAAGGUGAAAAUUGUAUGGGGUUAGGUGAGGAGAAGGUGGAAGGAGAAGGUUUAGUAUGGUAAGCUGUGUCUUUCAGGCCUUUGAGCGGCUGAUAGGGGAGAGGGGAGAGUAUAGACGGCAAGUGAUUUUUAUUAACUUACUUUUCAUCAAUUUUGAUGGAAAUCAAUAAAUCUAUCUGCAACAACCUUAGAAAUAGAUAUAAAGGGACAAAUAAAAAGCUCUAGUCAUCAGUAACUUUCCCUGUCUAUAAGCCGAUUCACAUUAAAUUUCAACCAAUUCCAGCAGAUUGCGACAUAAUAUUACUCGCACAUGCGCAUUGGUGCUAGCAAACAAAACUGAGUUGCGUUUUUACUUGGCAUUCAAUUUUCAUAUUAUGAAGAGUUAAACUUCUAUAAUCAUUUAUAAUAUUUCGAUAAUCAUUAUUUGUGUAACAUCCUACCAGUAAUUUAUUGUACUUGAUUUAGCUGCUUCAUCAAAGUGAAUCAUGCAUGGGUUCAAUGAGGUGCUCUGUCAGUCGUCGUCAUGAAAUGCCGAUCCUUUGACGUUUGACAAAAUAUUGUGUGUUUCAUGAAGUUUACAAUGUGAAUACCCACAUGUUUUGAGAAAAAUUGAAGUUGCAAUUUUUUUAUGUUUCGUACUUGAAAAAGCGUUGAGCAUGAGUGAUAAGGUGCUUCUAACUGGAGCUAUAUAUCUUUGAAGCUGUUUGGUUUAGAGUUUUUUUCACACACAUACACACAAGUAAAUUAGUGUUUGUUAAAAGUGUUUAUUGCGAGAGUACAUAGUUUCCGAAGCGUUUUGUGUAUUCUUCUUUAUUGCUGGAUAUGUAUUUGAAUUAAAUCUCUAGUUCAGAUGUUCGACUAUAAUGCUUGUUAUUGGUAAAAUUGUUUUAUUUCUAGUCGAAUGUUGUUUUUUAGAAAAUCGAAAAAUUUGAAAAUAAAUUACAUUUAGAUACAUAUCCACAGGGAGCGUCAGUUAUAUUAACAUAUUAUAAGCUUGUAUGUACAAAAAAUUAUAGAGAAUAAAGUAUCGGUAUUGAUAAUAUUGAUGUAAAUAAUAUUAGGCUAUUCCCACAAAAUAUCCAUUUCCAUUUCAUAAGUUAAUUGUUAUAUCUCCCACUCACUCUUCAAUGUUCUUAUUCUGAAUAAUCUUGAAUCUUUCCGAUUAGUCAAUAAGAAUUUUACUGCCAUUAUAGGUAAAUUACUAUGUGUUAAUUAAUAAUGCACUCAUGUAUAGUACAAUACAAACAAAAUGUGUUUUAAAUUUCAGUUUUAUGUUAUUGAACAAUUUGUGAUUGAAUAAUAUAAUUACCAAAUACUAAUAAUACCUAAUAUAAAUAUAUUUAGUUGCGUUUUGCGACUGUUGAUAGAACUGUGGUCCGUUUUAGAGACCUAAUGAUAUAAUUCAAACUGCUGUGCUAUUCAGUUGGAAGAGAUUUUUCAAUGGCCCAAGAGAAAUAUUCAAUAAUUAUAUUUUGAUCAAAUCAAACAUUUAAUCCUCCUACAAGGGAUCGAAAGUCAUUCUAGAUAAUAUAAUAAAUUUAUUAUAUAUGUUACACUGGAAACUGUUGAACAUGGAUAUAUAGAAUGAUUAUAGAAAUAAAAAGAGAAUUUUUGCAA